AUGGUACAAGAAACAGCACAAAAAAUAUGUAAUCAAUAUCGACAGAGCGCUAGCGAUGGAAUAGUAAAACUUGGUUUAUCAGCUAGUUCAGAUAAAAUAUCAAAUAAUAUUCAAAUAGCUUGCGAAUUUGAUUUAAGAUAUACUGGUGAACCAAAAUAUGCUGCAAGUGCAAUCUUUUCAUUAAUGGCGAAUAGUUUAUCUGAAGCUAAUCCAAGUACCGAACAAUUUCAAAAUCUAACUGCAUUAAGUUCAAAUUUAAUCAAAGAAGCAAUAACAAAUGCAGAAAAAAAAAAACUACAACUACAACUUCAACUGAAACUACAACUACGACUUCAACUGAAACUACAACUACGACUGCUACAGGUGUUUUUUACUCUGCGCUUAGAUUUAUCGAAUAAUACUUGUACCACAACAUGGAAUAAUCCGAUAACAUUACUAUCAAUAAUAAAUUCAACGGCAUUUGGUUAUACAUUUUAUCAAUAUUCAUAUACAGCAACAACAAGUCAAGCAACAUUGGCAUUCACACUUAAACAAGAUCCUAGUUUUUGGUGUCUAGAUGAUAUCAGUGUCACGUGGAAUGGUGUUAAUUCAAUUGUAAAUAGUGGAUUUGAAAAUGGUAGAUCAAAAAAUGGUGGAAUUCCAUCGGAUUUAUUUUGUAAUCCAAAUAACGCUCAAGCGGCGGGCAGAGUAACAGCAGCUUGUGCACAUUCCGGUACAUGUAGUUAUUACGAUGGCAGUGUUCGCUAUAUUGAUUAUAUUAGUCAAACAUUUUCAACUGUACAAGGGAAGCAAUAUCAAAUUUAG